GGUUGGGGGCGGGGGCGGGGCGCCGAGAGCGGAAGUGCCGCAGCGGCCGUAAGGAGGGGCCCCGGGUUCGGCUCCUCACUCCUGCGGCGGCGGCUCGCGCUCUCUGGCUCCGCGCACCAUGGGCACCCGCGACGACGAGUACGACUAUCUCUUCAAAGUUGUACUUAUUGGAGACUCUGGUGUGGGCAAGAGUAACCUCCUUUCUCGAUUCACUCGCAAUGAGUUUAACUUGGAAAGCAAAAGCACUAUUGGAGUGGAAUUUGCGACAAGAAGCAUUCAAGUUGAUGGCAAGACAAUAAAGGCGCAGAUAUGGGACACAGCAGGACAGGAACGAUACCGAGCUAUAACAUCAGCGUACUACCGUGGGGCUGUUGGGGCUUUGUUGGUUUAUGACAUUGCCAAGCACCUCACCUAUGAAAACGUGGAGCGAUGGUUGAAAGAACUGAGAGAUCACGCUGACAGUAACAUUGUCAUUAUGCUGGUGGGUAAUAAGAGUGAUUUGCGUCACCUGCGCGCAGUCCCUACAGAUGAGGCCAGAGCUUUUGCAGAAAAGAAUGGCUUGUCAUUUAUCGAGACAUCUGCUUUAGACUCUACGAAUGUGGAAGCUGCUUUCCAGACUAUUCUGACAGAGAUCUAUCGUAUUGUUUCUCAAAAGCAAAUGUCAGACAGACGUGAAAAUGAUAUGUCUCCAAGCAACAAUGUGGUUCCCAUCCAUGUCCCACCAACCACUGAAAACAAACCAAAGAUGCAGUGCUGUCAGAAUAUAUAAUUGUUUCUUCUUUCCUAAAAGGCUGUGUAUAUUCCCCAGGUCCAAGAUUUAAAUAUAUUUGUAAUUCUUGUGGUUACUUCUUUGUGUUCAAUUACUUCCUCUUAUUAUUCCUUCUGAUCUUUUUCAUGUCUUAACACUUUGAUUUUAGUGUUAAAAUCAUUAUUGCUUCCAAAUGGCUGCAGCAUUUUCACAACUCUGACUCGCCAGUCUUGGUUUAAUAUUCUAAUUGAUUACUUUCCAACACGAUGACCACCAGUUGGGUUACUGAAUGUCAUUUUGUAAUCCAGCUCAGAAAUGUUAAUUCUGACCUUCCCAAAACAUUACUGUCAAUGUUAGUGAAUAUCUCUGGGCUAUUUAAAUGAGAUCAUCUUUCCCCACUCCAGCUGUUAUGUCUUGCAUCCAAAAAUUGCUCUUAAAUGCAAUUUUACAGUAAAGCUAAAUGUUUCAGUUACAUCUUGAGGUGGUCAAGGUAUGUGGGUUUUUAUUACUAAAUAUUAUGGCAAAAACAAUUCUUGUUUUGCAGCUAAGCUGCAGACUUCACUAUGUGCAAUGGGGCUCUUGAGUUCUAAUUACUGUGCAAAUGAGGUCAUCAUGGGAGGAAGUGCUGCUGGGAGGCUGAAAUGGGAGAUACAGGUAGGAGCUCAUUCAAGGUGCCUCUUCUGAAAUAAGACAAAGCAACAUGAGCUAAGUAACGGAUUCACUUUUCUCUCUAAUAUUGGAACUUGCAGCACUUUGUGUUGCCCGGGAAUUGGACUCCAUGGUACAGGCAGUGUCAGAGGAUGAGAAAGUUCUUCCUUUCCACAAUGAGUAGAAAACUUGAGGGAUAUUGUAUCAUGUACCCAGAGUUUGUUUAUAUUAGCAAAUGCUUAAUGCUGGGGUCACCAACUUCUGUGAUGUCUAAAGAAUUUAUGAAGGACUCUUGUAACAGUGGCUCCACUCAUUGGUUAGGAUAAUCUGGAAUAGUUUUCUUAUUGAAAGUGUGUGCGGCUAAUAGAUGGAUUUCAGUACAAGUCAGUCAGCAGUUGACGUAGACUGAGGGAUAAGGUUGUGAACUGUGCCUUCUGUCACUACACUUUUGAAAGUACUGCAUAAUUCUCUCUCAUCUCCAAACUGUCCACUAAAUGGUUUGAGUUAUUGGCACUUAAACUCCUGUAGUAUUUAAAAAGCUAUGAAAAAUGAUUGGAGCGGGGUGGGUGGGAGGAGACACAUUCCUCAGACACUGAUACAAUCAACCUGGAACAUCUGUAUGUGGGCAUGCACAAAUUGCUGCAUUUAUUAGCCAACCUUUCUGUCUUGCGGUGCUCAUGAUGUGUAAGGCACACGGAAGGCAUUGCUGUAGUCAGUCUCUUUUUUUUUUUUUUAAAUCCAUUUCUCCUGUUGGUGUAUCAGUUCUGAAGAUGCUAUUGGAUCUGUUUGUAAAUUACUUUGUAUUUUAUGCACGUUCUGUAACUUGAUUCUUUUUUUAAAUAUUGAUUUAAAAUAGUCAUUCAUGAUAAUAAAGAAUUACAGGGGACUACUCCA